AUGAACUGGAGAAACUAAAUUACUGUAUAGUGAUGUUGACAUUCUUUCUGUAGGUGAAAGCACAAGAAAAAAUGGCAUUUUUGUUCAUUGGAAGGAUUCUUUUCAGACAGAAUCUUUGCAGUCAAAUAAAGUUGAUGCCAUGUCCCCAAAUGAAACAGAUAUUUCCUGAUUGGUUCUUUUAUCUUGCUGUGUGCUCAUGGUGAAUUUAAAGAAAUGGACCACUGCAAAGAUAAUUAGAAUUUUUAUCACUUACAUCUAUCUCAGGGGGAUGAAGAAAUUUAUAAGAGCCUAAAACAACAUAUACACAAUGACUUCAAUGCAAAGAUGGGUGUAGAGAAGGCUGGCCAAAUAAUGAAAAUUUAAAAAGCUUUAGUAUGAUAUGGCAAACAAAAAAGAAAAUAAGAUCUUAGGUGAAAUUGGGAAAAGAUUGUUGCCUAGGACUAAGGAAGGCAGUUCAAGUUAGCACAGUGACAGAAAGGUGGCCCAGCUGGGACUAGAGUUAGGAAGACAAGACCAAAGCCAGCUUCAGAUGCUAGCUGUAUGACCCUGACCAAGUCACUUAGCCACUGCUUCAGUUUUCCCACCUGUAAAAUGGAGAUAAUAAUGGCAUCUCAUUCCCAGGGUUGUUUUGGAGAUCAAAGGAGAUAUUUUUUUUAAGGAGAUAAUGUUUGUAAAACAUUUAGGACAGAGUAGAUAUUAAAUAAAUGCUUAUUCCCUUUAGAGUACCAUUGUACUCUGUCCUCAGACCUCAGCUGUGGCAUUGUGUUUAGUUUUGGACAGUACAUUUGAAGAAUAUCAGUAAACAAGAAGGGCAACUGGAAUGAUGAUUGUCUUAAGAUCAUGCCAUAUGAGAUUGAUAGAACUAGAGAUAAGUUCUGGAAAUGAGAAGACUGGGCGGGUGGUAAGGCAUGACAGCCUCAAGUGGAAAGGGGAUUAGACUUGAUCUGCUUGGAUCUAGAUAGCACUAGGAAUGAAGGGAUGGAAACUGAAGAGAAACCAAUUUAGGCUUAGGAGACUGAAGGAUGGGAGCCAUUCAAAAGUGGAAUGGGCUGCCUAUAGAUGUAGUAGUGGUUUUCCUCUCGCCUGAUAUCUUCAAGAAAAAUCUAGAUGAUCAUGUGUUAAGUAUGUUGUAGAGAGGAUUCUUGAUCAGUCAGCCAAGUAUUAAGCAUUAUUACGUAUUAUGUGCCAGGCAUUGUGGUGAGUGCUGGGGUUUUGGAUAAAGGAAGGUCAGACCAUGCUCUCUGCCCUUAUGGAGUUCACUCUAAUGGCAGAGUCAACAUGCAAACACCUAUGCACAAACUAGACAUAGGCAGAGUAUGUGGAAGCUAGUUUCAGAAGGAAGGCACUGGUGUGUAAGUGGGGAUGAAUAUUUCCAUAUACACAUGUAAGGGCAGCUAGGUAGAACGAGAGAGAGAGAGAGAGAGAGAGAGAGAGAGAGAGAGAGAGAGAGAGAGAGAGAGAGAGCGCGAGCGCUGAGUUUUGAAGGUAGCCAUGGAAACCAAGAUAUGGAAGUUAGGAGGGGAAGCAUUCCAGGGACCCAGGAGAAGAAGGAGAUGGAGGAACAAGAAGAGGGAAAAGCGUAAGGAAGGGUAAAAGAUAGAAAUGGAGACCAGCUUGUGAGCUAUUAUAUACAACAGAAAAGAAAGAGUAUUGUAUAUGAAAUCAGGAACAAUCUACCAUGUUCAGAUUUAAAUAAAAAAGUAUACAGUAAGCAGUUACUGGGGAUAAUGAUGAUAUAAGAAAAAGAAGACAUUAAUUUUUAAAAAUAUACAUCAACAUGAUAGUACCAACAUUUAGGGCAUCUAGGUGGGGCAAUGGAUAACAUACUGCAUCUAAAGUCAGAAAGAGGGGGCAGCUAGGUUGCUCAGUAGAUUGAGAGCUAGGCUCAGAGCAGAGGUCCUGGGUUUAAAUCUGACCUCAGGCACUUCCUAGCUGUGUGACCCUGGGCAAGUCACAUAAUUCCCAUUGCCUAGCCCUUGGAACCAAUACAUAGUAUUGAUUCUAUGGCAGAAGGCAAGAGUUUUUUAGAAAUGAAAAUAAAGUCAGAAAGAUUCAUCUUCCCGAGUCCCAGUCUGACCUCGGACACUUAUUUAGUCACAUGACCCUGGGCAAAUCGCUUAACCUUGUCACUUCACUUUCCUCAUCUGUAAAAUGAGCUGGAGGUGUUUGAAAUGGCAAAACACUCCAGUAUCUUUGCUAAGAAAUCCCAAAUGGGGUUGGGAAAGUUGGACACAACUGAACAACAAAAAGUACCAAGAAUACCCUUCUUGUCUGUAUCUUUUAGUUUUCUUUUGUGUAUUUUAGCUAUGCACUUUAAAUAUUGGCAGGAAGUAUUUAAUGGUUUUGUGAAAAGAUCCGAGUUUUCCUUUUUGGUGUGAAAUGUAUAUUAAAAUGCAAGGGAUUCCCUUUUAUUGAUGGUCCCUUUGAGAUUCAAAAUCAAGGAGCAGUUUGCCAAAUAAAGUCUCAUAAAAACCCAUCGGUUCAUGAAUUUGACUAAUCGUUUUUGCCUGUACAUUCACAUACCUACAAACCUUUCCCAUUCAAUCCAUCUUGAACUCUCACAAGCCUCCCAAAUGAAAAUGACAGCUUGCUUGGCUUUAUGUAGUCUGAGAGGAGAUUAAUGAUGUAAGCAAAAAGCUGUCACCGAGAAGGGAUUUCUUUCUUUCUUUAAAAAAAAAAAUGUAACAGUUUCAAUCAAAAGACUGAGUUUCAGGACCAAGUGGGAGCACAUUUUGACUGACAGGAGAAAUUUCUUAAUGGCCAAUCACCAAGCAGCAGAGAGGGAGAGAGUGAUUAGUAAAGAGAGAAGAGACAGAGAGAAAAGUCCUGAUCAUCAGACUAAACUGAUUCAGAAAGGCAGCCUUCCCUAAUAAUGAUCCUCCAGGUUCAGAAAGAACCUGGGAUUUCCAGCUGAGUCAAUGUGGAAACCAGGGAACACUUGCCUUGCAAGAAGUGACUGGAAAAUAGCCUGUUUCCUCACUGCCUUCCCCAAAAUGCCUUAUUUUGCCAGACUCUUUUUAUUCUUCUUUUGCCUCGUUCUUCUUGUGGAAAGCAGGAAUCCCGGGAGAAGACCCUGGUCUGGACAACUGGAAAUGCCCAGGCUAAGUCACUUAUCUAAGAAGACUCAUGACAUAACUAAAUUUCAGAAAGGAAAAACUGAACAACUUCUGAGAGUCGAUGAGCACGAUUUCACCAUGAGACCAGCUUUUGGAGGCCCUGCGAUUCCUGUUGGAGUGGAUGUGCAAGUGGAAAGCUUGGACAGUAUCUCAGAGGUGGAUAUGGAUUUUACAAUGACUCUCUACCUGAGGCAUUAUUGGAAGGAUGAACGCCUCUCAUUUCCCAGUACCACUAAUAAGAGCAUGACAUUUGAUGGGAGGCUAGUGAAGAAAAUCUGGGUCCCAGAUGUCUUCUUUGUUCAUUCCAAAAGGUCGUUCACUCAUGAUACCACAACGGAUAACAUCAUGCUCAGGGUGUUCCCAGAUGGACAUGUUCUUUAUAGCAUGAGAAUUACAGUUACUGCAAUGUGCAACAUGGACUUCAGUCACUUUCCCUUGGAUUCACAGACAUGUUCCUUGGAGUUAGAGAGCUAUGCAUACACAGAUGAAGAUCUAAUGUUGUACUGGAAAAAUGGAGAUGAAUCCCUGAAAACGGAUGAAAAGAUUUCUCUGUCCCAGUUUCUGAUUCAUAAAUUUCACACAACAUCCAGGCUGGCUUUCUACAGCAGUACAGGGUGGUACAACCGACUGUACAUUAACUUCACCUUGCGUCGCCACAUCUUCUUCUUCUUGCUCCAAACCUAUUUUCCUGCUACCCUGAUGGUUAUGCUGUCCUGGGUGUCCUUCUGGAUUGAUCACAGAGCUGUGCCUGCCAGAGUUUCACUGGGUAGUACAACAGUCCUCACCAUGUCUACAAUCAUCACCGGCGUUAAUGCCUCCAUGCCCCGAGUCUCCUACAUCAAGGCUGUGGACAUCUACCUGUGGAUUAGCUUUGUGUUCGUCUUCCUGUCCGUGCUGGAAUAUGCAGCAGUGAACUACUUGACCACUGUCCAGGAGAGGAAGGAGAGGAAGCUUCGAGAUAAGGUCCCAUGCCUGUGUGGGAUGCUUCAUUCAAGAACCAUCAUGUUGGAUGGCAAUUAUAGUGAAUCAGAGGCCAACAGUCUAGCAGGCUACACAAGAAGUCAUAUAGUGACUGAUGAAGAAAAACAGGAGAAAAUUGUGGUCCAUUUGGCCCUGAGUGAUGAAUCUAAUACAUCCAGAAAGAAGGGACUAAAGGGCCACAUGGGGCUGCGCAUCAUUCAGAAUACUCAUGUCAUCGACAAAUACUCCAGAUUGAUAUUUCCAGCCUCCUACAUAUUUUUUAACUUAAUAUACUGGUCCGUCUUUUGCUAGGUGUGACGAGAUGGUACUUAUGUGAAAUGUGAGAAGUGUUUACACACCUAGAACACUCACAACAGGAUACGAUGAAAAGAACAUGGAAUUUGGAGUCAGAGGUCGUCUCUUCCAUUUCCCAGUGUAACUGUGGAUAAAUCAUUUAACAUUUUUGUAUCUCAGAUUCUUUCUUGUUAAAUGAGGAGAUUGGACUAGAUUAUAUGUAAGGGUCUGCAUCUAUGAUUCUGUAACGUGAUGAAAAUUUCCCUCCCUAACUAGAUGGUGCAGGGAAUAGAGUACUAGGUUUAGAAUCUAGACUUGAACCUGAGUUCAGGUCCUUCCUCAGAUAUUAGCUGUAUGACCCUAGACAAAUCACUUAACCUCUGUUUGCCUCAGUUUCCUCAACUGUGAAAUGAGGAGUAUAGCCCCUAUGUGAGGAU